AUGCUGGCUAAGUAUCAAAUGGGGGGUCCGAUGGAAGGCUGGAACGACUGCCCUAUGGUCCCUGAAGUUGGUCCCGGUGUUAGAAAAAUAAGUGGAAAGAAAAAAAGACCACAGCGUGUAGGACAUGAUUUCGGUCUGGCUACGCCAACACCAACAGGCACACCAACUAUGACACCUGUGUCUAGUUUUGCUGGUGACUCUAACAGUGGGUCUCGUAAUAUAACACCCAUGUCACUUGCAGGUCAACCAACCCCAACUCCUACACCAACUCCACCUCCGCCAAGAUCACGGAGCGUUCUGGUUCAACUGGAACAGCCCAAACAAAUUGCUGUCGCACCUACACCUUCCAGUUAG